CGGGGGCACUGUUGUACAUUCUACAUCACUCCGAUUACAUUUAUCUGUCAUAUUUUAGCAGGCCCGUUUGUUCUUUAACUUUAUUUAAUUGUGUGUAAUUUGUAUUUAAUUAAUAGACUAAAUAAAAUAGGCUACAUAUAGAUGACUAUAUUAUAUGUGUAUUGUAACGUUGUUAUGUUAUGUGUUGCUGGACACAACCCUGUACAAAUGGCCAUAGUGGUCCAUAUGUUCUCGUGAGGAGGCCUAGUCCUACUAAUCCAUAUAAUCUUUCUUUAACCCAGUAGACAUGUAGGUUUAAGCAGGACAUUUAGCAGUUGAAGUUACUUUACAUUUGGUCUGUGUCCUAAGUGGGUUCUCUUUAAGGUUCCCUUAGUAUCCUAAUAACACCACAAAUACAGUCUAUGCCUAUUUUAGUAGACUACAAUGUCUGCUAAAUGGCAAGUUGAAGAACGCACGUGUUGAAGUGAACCAAACCCGCUCUAGAUAUAGAUCUGACCAUUCAUGUUUUAUUACCCUACAGCUCCACUUGGAUAUUUUGAGGGGACUGGGACUCCAACAGUUUAAGGAGUUUCUGGGUUUUCUGCUGGUCCAUCCUAGGCUCGGGUUUCACACACACUCUUGAAUUAUCCAUGAGUUUUGCUGCGUCGUAAUCCUAUGGGGGAAAAAAGUUGUCUUGUAACGCAAGUCACUUCUCAUCGGAACCUGUCCUGAAGGCACGAUGCCUCAAUCCACGCAACAAGAGCUGUAUGAGCAGAACCUGCGCAGGGAGACGUGGUGUCAGGUGGAGAGGAACAGCAGGCAGAGUUGGGAUCGUCCGGAACGGAAACACUUUGGCUGCCACCUGCGGACGAGCCGGGACUUCAGCUCUCCCCGGGCCGCAGAGCCGGAGCGGAGGUCGGCAUGGACCGAGAGGCCCAGCGCCGCCCCGCUGGCCCAGAGGAGGCACUUCGAGGAGAGGGCCAAAAGUCAACUGGUGUAGCAGGGGUUUCACCAACAUUGUCAGUUGGUCUAUCUAAAACCUCAGGCACCUCAACUUGUUUGCUGAGGAUUCAAA